GGUCCCUGCCUGAAGAGGGAGAGGGGACCCGGAGUUUGGGGCAGGGACUCUGGAAUGCAGCCCCCCUCGCUGCUGCUGCUGCUGCUGUUGCUACGGUGUUUCUCCGUGAUCAAAACCAGAGGGCUGCUGUGCAGGAGUUUCCCAGAAGCCUGUGCCAAUGGGGGCAGCUGCCUGAUGCUGUCUCAAGGCCAAGAGGCUUGCCAGUGUGCCCCUGGCUUUCUGGGUGAGACGUGCCAGUUCCUUGACCCCUGCCAGGAUGCCCAGCUCUGCCAGAAUGGGGGCAGCUGCCAAGCCUUGCUCCCUGCCCUCCCCAGCUCCCCUGGGCCACCCUCUCCCUUGGGGCCCAGUUCCCCUGGCCCACCCUCUCCCUUGGUGCCCAGUUUCUUCUGCACCUGCCUCCUUGGCUUCACUGGCGAGAGGUGUCAGACCCAGCUGGAGGACCCCUGUUCUCCCUCCUUCUGCUACCAGAAUGGCCGCUGCCACAUCCAGGCCUCUGGGCUCCCCCAGUGCAAGUGCUUUCCUGGAUGGACAGGCGAGCAUUGCCAACUGCGAGAGUUCUGCUCAGCCAACCCCUGUGUCAAUGGCGGGGUGUGCCUGUCCACGUACCCCCAGAUCCAGUGCCACUGCCCACCUGGAUUCGAGGGCCAUGCUUGUGAACACGAUGUCAACGAGUGCUUCCAGGAGCCAGGACCCUGCCCCAAGGGCACCUCGUGCCAUAACACCCUGGGCUCCUUCCAGUGUGUCUGCCCCCCAGGGCGGGACAGUGCCCUCUGUGGACUCCGAGCUGGACCUUGUCCUCCCAGAGGCUGUCUCAAUGGGGGGACCUGCCAGCUGGUGCCAGGGGGAGACUCCAUCUCCCACAUCUGCCUCUGCCCACCAGGCUACACAGGCCCAGACUGCGAGGUGGACCCGGACGACUGUGUUGGGCACCAAUGUCAGAAUGAGGGUACUUGCCAGGAUGGGCUCAAUGCCUAUACCUGCCUCUGCCCGGAGACCUGGACAGGCUGGGAUUGCUCUGAGGACGUGGAGGAGUGUGAGGCGCAGGGUCCCCCUCGCUGCCAACAUGGGGGCACCUGCCAGAACUCGGCUGGGGGCUUCCACUGCGUGUGUGUGAGCGGCUGGGGAGGCCCCGGCUGCGAGGAGAACCUGGACGACUGUGCCGCCGCCACCUGCGCCCCAGGAUCCACCUGCGUCGACCGCGUGGGCUCCUUCUCCUGUCUCUGCCCACCUGGCCGCACAGGCCUUCUGUGCCACCUGGAGGACAUGUGUCUGAGCCAGCCCUGCCACAGGGAGGCCCAGUGCAGCACCAACCCCCUGACAGGCAACACCCUCUGCUUGUGUCAGCCGGGUUACUCUGGGGCCACAUGCCACCAGGACGUGGACGAGUGCCUGAUGGCCCAGCAGGGCCCCAGUCCCUGUGAGCACGGCGGCUCCUGCCGAAACACCCCGGGCUCCUUCGACUGCCUCUGCCCUCCCGGCUACACCGGCUCCCGUUGCGAAACCAACCACAACGAGUGCUUGUCCCAGCCCUGCCACCCAGGCAGCACCUGCCUGGACUUGCUCGCCACCUUCCACUGCCUCUGCCCACCAGGCUUGGAAGGGCCGCUCUGUGAAGUGGAAAUGGACGAGUGUGCCCCGGCCCCUUGCCUGAACCACGCUGGCUGCCAGGACCUGCGCAACGGCUUCCUGUGCGUCUGCCCGCCCGGAUUCACGGGCACCAGAUGUGAGGAAGACAUUGAUGAGUGCGCGAGCUCUCCUUGUGCCAACGGUGGGCAGUGCCAGGACCAGCCUGGAGCUUUCCAUUGCAAGUGUCUCCAAGGCUUUGAAGGCCCACAGUGUCAGGUAGAAGUGGAUGAGUGUCUGAGUGGCCCGUGCCCCACUGGUGCCAGCUGCCGGGAUCUCCCAGGAGGCUUCUCCUGCCUCUGCCCCUCUGGCCUCACAGGCCAGUUUUGUGAGGUCCCCCUGUGUGGCCCCGACCUGUGCCAGCACACACAAGGAUGCCACGAUUGGGAGGACAAGGCCCACUGCGUCUGCCCUGACGGAAGCCCUGGCUGUGCCCCCAGGGCAGACAACUGCACGUGCCAACAUGGGCACUGCCAGAGGUCCUCCUGUGUCUGCGACGUGGGCUGGACAGGGCAGGAGUGUGACGCGCAACUAGGGGGCUGUGUCUCCAUGCCCUGUGCUCAUGGGGGGACUUGCUCCCCCGUGCCCUCUGGCUACAACUGCACCUGCCCCACGGGCUACACAGGGCCCACCUGCAGUGAGGAGGUGACAGCAUGUCACUCAGGACCCUGCCUCAAUGGUGGCUCCUGCAGUCCCAGCCCCGGUGGGUACUCCUGCACCUGCCCUCCAAGCCACACAGGGCUCCGCUGCCAGACCAACGCUGACUACUGUGCUUCUGCCUCGUGCCUCAAUGGGGGGACCUGUGUGAACAGGCCUGGCGCUGCCUCCUGCCUCUGUGCCACGGGCUUCCAGGGCCCACGCUGUGAAGAAAGGAUCCGCCCCAGCUGUGAGGACAGCCCCUGUAGGAACGGGGCAACCUGCCAAGAUGCCCCACAAGGUCCCCGCUGCCUCUGUGCCCCUGGCUACACAGGAGGCAACUGCCAGACCCUGGUGGACUUCUGUGCCCAGAAGCCCUGUCCACCCAAUGCCCACUGCCUUCAGGCUGGACCCUCCUUCCAGUGUCUGUGCUCCCAAGGAUGGACUGGGCCUCUCUGUGACCUGCCACUCUCCCCCUGCCAGCGGGCUGCUCUGAGCCGAGGCACGGAGGUCUCCGUCCUGUGCCAGAACGGAGGGCUCUGCGUGGACCGCGGCCCCUCCCACUUCUGCCGCUGCCCGCCCGGAUUCCAAGGCAGCGAAUGCCAGGACAGGGUGAACCUGUGUGACUCCAGGCCCUGCCAGCAUGGGGGCACCUGUGUGACCCAGCCCAAUGGCUACCACUGCCAGUGUGCCCCAGGCUACAGCGGACAAAACUGCUCAGAGGAACCUGAUGCUUGUCAAUCCCAACCCUGUCACAACCACGGGACCUGUACCCCCAAACCUGGAGGCUUCCACUGCUCCUGCCCUCCUGGCUUCGUGGGCCUGCGCUGUGAGGGGGACGUGGACGAGUGCCUGGAUCGGCCUUGCCACCCCAAGGGCACUGCAGCCUGCCACCCUCUGGCCAAUGCCUUCUACUGCCAGUGUCUACCUGGACACACAGGCCAGUGGUGUGAGGUGGACAUAGACCCCUGCCAGAGCCAGCCUUGCUCCCACGGAGGGUCGUGCGAGGUGGCAACAGGACCAGCCCCGGGUUUCACCUGCCGCUGCCCCACAGGUUUUGAAGGCCCCACCUGCAGCCGUAGAUCGCCCUCCUGUGGCCUCCAUCACUGCCACCAUGGUGGCCUCUGUCUGCCCUCCCCCAAGCCUGGCUCCCCACCCCGCUGUGCCUGCCUUAGUGGCUAUGGGGGCCCCGACUGCCUGACCCCUCCAGCUCCUCAUGGCUGCGGCCCCCCCUCCCCAUGCCUGCAUAAUGGCAGCUGUUCAGAGACGCCAGGGUUGGGGGACCCAGGCUUCCGAUGCUCCUGCCCCCCCAACUCUCCAGGCCCCCGGUGUCAGAAGCCAGGAGCCAAAGGGUGUGGGGGCAGAGGCGGAGACGGGGCCUGUGAUGAAGGCUGCAGUGGCCCCUCAGGCAACUGGGAUGGGGGGGACUGCUCCCUGGGCAUCCCCGACCCCUGGAAGGGCUGCCCCACCCACUCCCGGUGCUGGCUGCUCUUCCGGGAUGGGCAGUGCCACCCGCAGUGUGCCUCCGAAGAGUGUCUGUUUGAUGGCUACGACUGUGAGACCCCUCCGGCCUGCAGCCCAGCCUAUGACCAGUACUGCCGGGACCACUUCCACAAUGGGCACUGCGAGAACGGCUGUCACACUGGGGAGUGCGGCUGGGACGGGGGUGACUGCAGGCCCCAAGCUGGGGACUCACAGCAGGGGCCCUCCCUGGCCCUGCUGGUGGUGCUGAGCCCCCAGGCCCUGGACCAGCAGCUGUUUGCCCUGGCCCGGGGGCUCUCCCUGAUCCUGAGGGUAGGGCUCUGGGUGAGAAAGGAUAGAGACGGCAUGGACAAGGUGUACCCCUAUCCUGGGCCCCAGGCCGAAGAGGAGCUAGGAGGAGCCCAGGGGCCCUCUCGGCAAGAGACAGCAGGCCCCCCAACAUCGUCCCAGGGACAGGAGACAGACUCUCUCAACACUGGGUUCGUGGUGGUGAUGGGUGUGGACUGGUCCCACUGUGGCCCCGACCACCCUGCAUCCCGUUGUCCCUGGGAGCCUGGGCUCCUGCUCCGCUUCCUUGCCGCCAUGGCUGCAGUGGGGGCCCUGGACCCCUUGCUGCCUGGACCCCUCCUGGCUGCCCACCCUCGUGCAGGCACUGACCUCCCUGCCAAUCAGCUCCCCUGGCCUGUGCUGUGCUCUCCGGUGGCUGGGGUGCUUCUCCUGGGCCUAGGGGCGCUUCUUGUCCUCCAGCUCAUCCGGCGGCGGCGCAGGGAGCAUGGGGCCCUCUGGCUACCCCCUGGUUUCACCAGCCGGCCCAGAACUCAGCGGACACGCUGCCGGCGCCGUCCACCCCUGGGCGAGGACAGCAUCGGCCUCAAGGCCCUGAAGGCAGAGGCGGAAGCUGAAGAGGACGGAGUUGUGAUGUGCUCGAGCCCCGAGGAGGGCGAGGUCGAAGGAAUGACCCCACCUUCCAAGUGCCAGCUCUGGACUCUAAGCGGAGACUGUGGGGCGCUCCCCCAGACAGCCAUGCUGACUCCCCCCCAGGAGUCUGAGCUGGAGGUCCCCGACGUGGACGCCUGUGGACCUGAUGGGGUGACACCUUUGAUGUCAGCAGUCUGCUGUGGGGGGAUGGCCGCCAGGACCUUCGAAGGGGCCUGGCUGGGAAGUCCUGAACCAUGGGAACCUCUGCUAAGUGGAGGGGCCAGUCCCCAGGCUCACACCGUGGGCACUGGGGAGACCCCUCUGCACCUGGCCGCCCGAUUCUGCCGGCCAACGGCUGCCCGUCGCCUACUUGAGGCUGGAGCCAAUCCCAACCAACCAGACCGGGCAGGGCGCACCCCGCUUCACACGGCUGUGGCUGCGGACGCCCAGGAGGUCUGCCAGCUCCUGCUCCGGAGCCGGCAGACGGCAGUGGACGCACGCUCGGAGGACGGGACCACACCUCUGAUGUUGGCCGCCCGGCUAGCAGUGGAGGAUCUGGUUGAAGAGCUGAUUGCAGCCCAAGCAGACGUGGGGGCCAGAGACAAAUGGGGCAAAACCGCGCUGCACUGGGCCGCCGCCGUGAACAACGCCCGGGCCGCCCGCUCGCUGCUGCAGGCUGGAGCCGACAAAGACGCCCAGGACAGCAGGGAGCAGACCCCGCUCUUCCUGGCGGCCCGAGAAGGGGCAGUGGAGGUGGCCCAGCUGCUGCUGGGCGCCGGGGCGGCCCGAGGGCUGCGAGACCAGGCCGGACUAGCGCCCGGAGACAUCGCCCGCCAGCGCAGCCACUGGGAUCUGAUGACGCUCCUGCAGGGGGCGGGGCCGCCGGAAACGCGUCACAAAGCCGCGCCGGGCCGCGGAGCUGGCUCCGCCUUGUGCGGCCGGGUCACGUCGGGGAGCGCGCCCCCGCGUGGGAGCGGGGCCCUGCCGCGCACCCGGACGUUCUCCGCCGGAGCCGGCCCUCGGGAGGGCGGGGCUUGUCUGCAAGCUCGGACUGUGUCUGCUGACGUCGUCGCUUGCGGGGGCGGGGCCUCUUUGCACGGCCGGAGCCUAUCAGGAGGAGGAACGGGAGGCCAGCCCCUGCGUGGGCGGAGGUUUUCCGCCGGCGUGCGCGGGCCUCGGCCCAGCCCUGCCGUCACGCGGGGAGGAUCCGGAGGCGUGGCCCGGCGCGGGGGUGGAGCCUCGGUGGCUGACUGGCCCUGUGAUUGGGUGGCUCUGGGAGCCUGCGGUCCCGCCCCCAUCACGACCAUCCCGCCUCCUUGCCUUACCCCAUCUCCCGAGCGAGCAUCUCCUCAAACUGCCUGGGGUCCCGAAGCUCUUAGUUCUAGACCCGGGGACCAGAAUUAGAAGGCUGUGGAGGGGACAGGACACGCUGUAAAUGGAAUAUACGACGAAGUGCAAGCAGUUCCGGAAGCCUUACAAACAAAUUUGAGGUUCUAGAACCCCUGGUGGCCAGGGUUACGAUUUGGACUGCUAGCCACAAGGUCAGCAGUUUGAAACCACUAGGCGCUCCCAGGGAUGAAAAAGAGGCUUCCUAUUCCUGUUAAUACUUAGUCUCAGAAGCCCACAAGCGCAUUUCGACUCUGUUCUGUAAGGUAACUGUGAAUCAGAAUCAACUCGAUGGCAGUGAGUUUGGGCUUGUUUUUGAAAACCCCAAAAGUGAAUUCAUGAGUUUGGUUUCCCUCCCAAAAUAAGUGGAGGCUUACCAAAAUAGGCAUAGCCUUCUACUAGAGAAGCUACAGCUUUGGAAAAAGGGUUUAGAGGGCUGGUUAUAAGGGCGGCCCAGCCAUUUGCCCUGAAAAAUAGGAGUGAAAAGCUAUAGGCAGGGUGCAGUGGGAGAUGUCCCCUCAAAGGGAACCCAGAGCUACAAGCAGAUGGGUGGUGUUUGCUAUAUGUAGUUCAAAGAAGCCUCUAUCGGGCCUUGCUCCUGCCCACAAAUAGCUGUGCCUACUAUGCGCCAGGAACUGUACAGUGCCAAAGGGAGCCCCAAAGGCAAUGCUAGCUGAUGAUUCUUUGCAUUCUCCCAUUUCCCCCACCCCCCACCCAAAAAAAGCUCUACUGCAGGGAAGAGGCACCACCUGCCUUACACAUCACUAUUUAAUAUCUGACACCUGUCCCCGUACAAUAAAGCUGAUUGUGAAGUGACUUUGGGGGGGAACGGGAGGGCCAAACGAUAAUAAAUAUAUGGGAGUGACUUUGGGAA